AUGCCCACGCCUAUCCGAUGGUUCGGUCGAAGUGAAAGCAUCAGAAUGAGUCCCACACCGUUUAAAGGGUUGCCGAUCGUCGGUAUCGUCUGGCUGGCGGUUACCGUGACUGCAAUAAGAAUCGAGCGACCGGAACCAGCUGGGUUUUUGCGGAGCAGCGUGGAACAGAUACCGCCCCAUGGAUUCGAGAAGCAAGUGGCCGCAAGUGGAGCUGAUGAGUUUGGCAGUAAAUCGCUGCCAUUGCGCAGCGCCGUCGAGAGUGUUCCGGCGAAUCUCGUCGACGAACGGCUUCCGCUGCGUGAUGCGGUCGAAUUUCGCAUCCUAGAUAUGGACCACGAAAUCAAGGACACCGUAAGCAAAGUCAAAUCGGUGGUGACGCAACAGCAGAAGGUGAAGCUGUUGCCAAUUUCCACGCAGGAUGUGGAAACCUUCCGGGUGCUGCCGUACCAGGAUAAGUAUGCGGCCUUCGUACUGCCAUCUGGACCCAGCGAACGGCCCAUGCCUUAUCGUGCUGGAUCACCGUACCAGCAGCUGCUGAACAGCAAGGAUGUGGCAAUGGUACAAAACUCAUACCAGUACAUUGCGAGCUAUCAAAAAGCCGCGUCCGAUGGCUUCAAAGUGGUGUGCCACAUGACGAACUGGGGGUUUUAUCGUAAGGGCGAGGCACAGUUCGUUCCGGAAAAUCUGGACCCAAGCCUGUGCACGCAUAUCAUCUACUCGUUCGCUUCGUUAGACCCGGCGUCACUGACGAUGAAGGAAUUCGACAGCUGGGCUGAUUUGGACAACAAUAUGUACUCUCGCACGAUCGCGAUGGCUGGUGGCGUGCCUGUUCUGCUCGGACUGGGAGGAUGGACCGAUUCCGUGGGCAAUAAGUACUCCGAAAUGGUUGGCUCACCGUCCAACAGGAGAAACUUCAUCACCAACGCCAUCACGUUCCUCAAGAAGUAUGGCUUCUCGGGGCUACACAUGGACUGGAACUACCCGGUGUGUUGGCAGAGCGAUUGCUCGAAGGGAUCGGAUAGUGAUCGGAACAACUACAGCAAACUCAUCCAGGAGAUCGCUAGAGCUUUCCAGGCGGAAAACCUCCUAAUCAGUACCAGCAUUUCGGGGUACAAGGAAGUGCUCAUGGUGGCGUACGACAUUGCGGAGCUUACGAAGUACGUUGAUUUCAUGGCGGUUAUGACGUACGAUUACCAUGGCUCUUGGGAGGAACAAACUGGCCACGUUAGUCCGUUGUACGGCAGCACAACCGACCGAUACCCGCAGUACAACACGGACUAUGCGAUGCAGCUGUUGGUGCAGAUGGGAGCUGACAAGAGUAAGCUAAUCGUUGGUGUACCAUUCUACGGACAAACGUUCACUUUGGCCCAAUCAACGCGAGCAAUUCCGGGUGAGGGUAGUGCCGCGAUCGGACCCGGAACGGCGGGUGAUGACACGCGGCAACCGGGCAUGUUGGCGUACUACGAAAUUUGCCAGCGUGUGCGCAAGCAAAAAUGGAAAGUAGGGCGCGAUUCCGCGAUGAAAUCCGGCCCGUACGCAACCAACGGGGACCAGUGGGUGGGUUACGACGAUCCUAUAUCGGUCACGGCGAAGGCACGCUACGUUGUGAAGUCUGGUUUUGGUGGAAUGGCAGCGUGGACGGUUGAUUUGGAUGACUAUCAGAACCGUUGCUGUGAGGAAAGCUAUCCGGUGUUGAGAGCCAUUAAUCGGGCUCUUGGAAGGCUUAGUUCGUCCGCACCGAAUGGUAUGGAUUGUUCACGACCAUCCCAACCCGUCACACCGAAACCGGCUGAGAUGACGUUCAGUCCGGAUAGUGGACUUGCCGCUAGUACAACGUCGACUCCGGCGCAUUCUCACACCACGUGGCCAUCGUGGUCUCCGGAUUCGACUUCCACAACGAGAAGAACCACUACGACGACGACGACGACGACCGCCAUGCCAACAACGACUACAACCACGACAACAACGUCAACUACGCCAAGGACGACUGUCACCAAGAGAACUACGCCAUCCACGACAACCUACAGCCCGACGAGUACGCCCGGAACAACCAUCCCUGUGCCGGGGCUCGUCAUGCCGGAACUAAGCAACGCAGAAAGCUGUGAAGGCAAUCAAUACAAGGCGCAUCCGACGAACUGCAAUUCCUACUACCGGUGUGUGUUGUCCGAGUUCAAGCAGCAGUUCUGUGCCGGUGGUCUCCACUGGAAUGAUGCCGCAAAGCUGUGCGAUUGGCCCGCAUCGGCAAAGUGUGAACGAGAUGGUGGAACACCUGAAACCACCGAGACGACAACAACCGCAAGACCCACCAGGACUCCUUCACGGCGAACGACAACCACCACGGUUACGACGGAAGAACCAACAACGACGACGACAACAUCCCGUCCAACGCGUCGUCCAACGGCUCAGGUUCCAAACACACCACGUCCAACACGCCCCGCCAAAAAGCCAGCAACAACGACGAAAAAACCCAUCAGCAACCCAACGGAAAGCUGCAACAAUGGCGAGUACUACGCGCACAAGAGCUGCGAUAGCUUCUACAUCUGCGUGAACGACAAGAAGGUGGCCCAACAGUGCGGUCCGGGUUUGUACUGGAGCCAGGCGGACAAAAGCUGCGAUUGGGAGGACAACGUUAACUGUGUGAGCAACGAGCAGUACUUUAGGUUGCUGUCGAUCGUGAGCGCAUUUAAGGCACUUUCCGAGGACGAUCCGUGUGAUGGGAACUCGCACGUUCCGUACCCUGGCGAUUGCAACCAGUAUUUGGUGUGCAACUGGGGUCGUCUCGAGUCGGCAAGUUGCGCCGAUGGAUUGCACUGGAACCAGCAGUUAAAGAUCUGCGAUUGGCCCUCGAAUGCCCGGUGUGCUCAGGCCGGUGUCCCCGAAAGCACGGAGAACAUAUCCGACGAGAACGGUGCCUGGCAGGGAUCCGGUGUGGACAUCGAUGGUCCACAGCACGUUGCAUCGACGACGGAAAAACGAACUACCACAACGACACGGACGACAACGGUGGCACCAGCUACACCACCGCCAGUGUUGGAACCACUCUCGGGGUACUACAAGAUGGUGUGUUACUUCACGAAUUGGGCCUGGUAUCGGAAGGGCUACGGGAAGUACACACCGGACCACAUCCGUACGGAUCUCUGCACGCACAUCGUGUACGGGUUUGCCGUGCUGGACUACUCGUCGCUGACGAUCAAAACCCACGACUCGUGGGCGGAUAUCGAUAAUAAGUUUUACGCGCGCGUUGUGGCCGCCAAGGAGAAAGGCGUCAAGGUGACGCUCGCCAUCGGUGGGUGGAAUGAUUCGGCCGGUGACAAGUAUAGCCGGCUCGUACGCAGUGCGUCAGCUCGGGCAAAGUUUGUGGAGCAUGUGGUUGGGUUUUUGGAGAAGUACGGCUUCGAGGGUCUCGAUCUGGACUGGGAGUAUCCGGUGUGUUGGCAGGUGGACUGUAAGAAAGGAUUCGCCGACGAACGGGAAGGUUUUACGGAGCUGGUCCGGGAGCUUUCGGAGGCGUUUAAACCCCGUGGGUGGUUACUUUCGGCGGCCGUGUCACCCAGCAAAACGGUCAUCGAUGCUGGGUAUGAUGUGGCCGAGUUGGCUAAAUAUUUCGACUGGAUCGCCGUGAUGACGUACGAUUUCCAUGGGCAGUGGGACAAGCAGACGGGCCAUGUCGCACCGUUGUACUACCAUCCGGAGGAUGAGAUUGAUUUCUUCAAUGCGAACUACUCGAUCAACUACUGGAUCGAUAAGGGUGCCCCCUCGAGGAAGCUGGUCAUGGGAAUGCCACUCUACGGGCAAUCGUUCCAGUUGGCCGACACGAAGCGUAAUGGUUUGAACGCGAAAGCACCCGGACCAGGCCAGGCGGGUGAAUUUACACGAGCAGCAGGAUUCCUGGCUUACUACGAGAUAUGUGAUCGCGUACAAAACAAAGGCUGGACGGUGGUGCAGGACGAACUGCAAAGAAUGGGACCCUACGCGUACAAAGGCAACCAGUGGGUUUCGUUCGACGACAAAGAGUCCCUUCUGCGAAAGGUGCAGUUCAUUCGUGCCAUGGAUCUGGGCGGUGGCAUGAUUUGGGCCCUGGAUUUGGAUGACUUCAAGGAUCGCUGCGGUCAUGGUAGUCAUCCCUUGCUGACGGCCAUUCGCGAGGGUCUUCGUGAUGCUCCCGAGGGAGCGGAUGUGCUUCCAUCGAUCGUGCCAGAUUCUAAACCCACUGAAAGUGGUCCAAUCAGCGGGGUGUCCGGAAGCGAAAGCUCAUCACCGGAAAAACAACAACCGGGUGCGGGCGAUAGCGCCGAGCUGGGCGAGAACUUUGUCGAUUCGGAAGAGUACAAAGUCGUGUGUUACUUCACGAACUGGGCCUGGUACCGGCAGGGGAUCGGUAAAUACCUGCCCGAGGACAUCGAUUCCCAGCUGUGCACGCACGUCGUGUACGGGUUUGCGGUGUUAGAUCGCGAAAGUCUCACCAUCAAACCGCACGAUUCGUGGGCGGAUAUUGACAAUCGCUUCUACGAGCGUGUGGUGGAGCUGAAAAAGCAAGGAAAAAAGGUGACGGUCGCGAUCGGUGGUUGGAACGAUUCGGCGGGCGAUAAGUACAGCCGGUUGGUGCGUAACGCCCAGGCCAGGAAGCGAUUCAUCGAGAACGUGAUGAAGUUCAUUGAAAAGUACAACUUCGACGGGUUGGAUCUGGAUUGGGAGUACCCCGUCUGUUGGCAGGUGGAUUGUAAGAAAGGAUACGCCGACGAAAAGGAGGGCUUCUCGAGUUUGGUGAUGGAGUUGGCGUCCGCUUUCAAACCACGCGGGUACUUACUGUCUUCCGCGGUAUCACCAAGCAAGAAGGUGAUCGACGCAGGAUACGACGUGCGCACGCUGUCCGACUACAUGGACUGGAUUGCGGUGAUGACGUACGAUUACCACGGCCAGUGGGACAAAAAAACGGGCCAUGUGGCGCCGAUGUACGAACAUCCGGACGAUUUUGAUAAGACGUUCAAUGCGAACUUCACGAUACACUACUGGAUCGAGCAAGGUGCGGAUCCACGAAAGCUCGUCAUGGGUAUGCCAAUGUACGGGCAAUCGUUUUCGUUGGCCGAUGUGAAGGAUAACGGGUUGAACGCGCCAACGUACGGUGGUGGCGAAGCGGGCGAUCAAACGCGAGCAAGAGGCUUCUUGUCGUACUAUGAGAUUUGUGCCAACGUGCAGAAGAAAAAUUGGGAAGUCGUACGGGAUCGCAAGGGCCGCAUGGGUCCGUACGCCUACAAAGGCGAUCAGUGGGUUUCGUUCGACGAUCAGUACAUGAUCCGUCACAAGAGCGAGUUCGUGAAGGCAAUGGGUCUUGGUGGCGCUAUGAUAUGGGCACUUGAUUUGGAUGACUUCCGGAAUGUGUGUGGUUGCGAGGAAUAUCCGCUGCUACGCACGAUUAAUCGCGUGUUGCGCAAUUAUCCUGGCCCCGGUCCAAAAUGUGUGCUUGGUUCUGGGAAACCCACAUCACCACCGAAGGAGCAACCAACGACUGCGAUGACUACCACCACGACGAGAAGAACAACGACCACACGGAGCACGACGGUGGCCACAACAACCAGGACUACUCCGAGGGCCGUUACAACGACACGGCAAACGACUCGAAAGCCCACAACGAGAACAAGUACAACGAUGAGAACUACGACGCCUUUCAUCGACGGUUUCGAGGGUGGCGAUUCGAGCAGCAACUGCGAUGGACGACUCUUUGUGCCACACGAAACGGAUUGCUCAAAGUACUACAUUUGUCAGCAUGGCAAGCGAUAUGAGCAACGCUGCCCAGCCAACACCCUGUGGAACGACGGAUUCUGCGAUUGGGCCGAAAAUGCGAAUUGCAAAAACAAACAACGUCCAGUGACCACGGCUUCGGUAACGCAACCUGAGAACAGCUGGAUGACCACCACGAGUCGGCCAACGACAACGACCCGCCGUACGACGACUCGUCAGCCAACGAACCAACCAUCGACGACAACGAGAAAGCCAGCUCCGUCGGUGCCGGAAGUCAGCACCGGCAACAGUGACUACAAAGUCGUGUGCUAUUUCACCAAUUGGGCCUGGUAUCGGCAGGGAGAUGGCAAGUACACGCCAGAUGACAUCGACAGCACGUUGUGUACGCACAUCGUGUACGGAUUCGCGGUACUCGAUCGGGAAAGCUUAACGAUCAAAACCCACGACUCGUGGGCGGAUAUCGAUAAUCGCUUCUACGAGCGCGUGGUGGAGCAAAAGCGUAAGGGCGCGAAGGUAACGCUGGCGCUCGGUGGAUGGAAUGAUUCCCUGGGGGAUAAGUACAGCAAGCUGGUACGGGAUGCAGCCGCUAGGGCGCGGUUCGUCAAGCACGCCGUCGAGUUCAUCGAAAAAUACGGCUUCGAUGGGUUGGAUCUGGACUGGGAAUAUCCCGUGUGUUGGCAGGUUGACUGCCAGAAAGGCUACCCCGAUGAAAAGGAAGGAUUCGCUCAACUGGUGCAGGAGCUUGCGGUUGCAUUCCGACCCAGAAGUUGGCUGCUGUCUGCGGCCGUGUCGCCGAGUAAGAUGGUGAUCGAUGCCGGGUAUGAUGUGCCAGUGUUGGCCGAAUACUUUGACUGGAUCGCCGUGAUGACGUACGAUUUCCACGGCAACUGGGACAAGCAGACGGGCCAUGUGGCGCCGCUGUACUACUACCCGGGCGAUACGUACGAUUACUUCAACGCGAACUUCUCCAUCAACUAUUGGAUCGAAAAGGGUGCACCGGCGAAAAAGCUGGUCAUGGGUAUGCCACUGUAUGGGCAGUCGUUCUCGCUGGCCGAUGCACGCCGGAAUGGGUUGAACGAAAAGUCGUACGGUCCGGGUGAGGCUGGUGAGUUCACGCGUGCCGGAGGGUUCCUGUCGUUCUACGAGAUAUGCGAUAAAGUGAACCGCCAUGGAUGGACCGUUCAGCGGGAUCCCGAGGGCAGGAUAGGCCCGUACGCGUACAACGGCAAUCAGUGGGUGUCGUAUGAUGAUGUGGACGAAAUUCGCAGAAAAUCUAAGUUCGUGAAACAAAUGAAUCUCGGGGGUGGCAUGGUUUGGGCGUUGGAUUUGGACGAUUUCCGCGGAAAGUGUGGAUGCGGCACACAUCCUUUGCUGCGGACGAUGAAUCUGGAGCUCGGUCGCAUCAGCACCCAACCACCAGAAAACUGUACCUAAU